UUGACAACAUGGAGGCGGCAGUGGGGUGACAGAGGCUGGGCUAGGCGGACAGACACGGGCGGGUGUCGGGGGGCUGCCUGCCGGCCGGUCGCAAUCUCGUAACCGCAAACUGGGCCCCCUCGUGAGAAGAAUAUCGCGGAUCAAAGCCGACUGCUUUUGGAUUCCUCAACGGCGUUGGGGAGGGGGGUGGAGAGGAGGCCCUGGAUGACAUCUCCGCGGUGAGGGAGUGAGGAGAAAGGGGGGGGGGGGUGUCUCGUCAGUUAUUCCCCCCCAUCCUCCAUUAUCACCCCCCUUCGCCCGAGGCUGUGAGAGGAUCCGAGAGGAAAGGGGCGAUCACCCGGGUGACUGCAUCGCCGACAAUGAAGUCCGACCGAGAUACAAUAGAUGAGUAUUUUGAAUACGAUGCUGAGGAGUUUUUGCUUUCCUUGACCUUGCUGAUAACUGAGGGGCGCACUCCAGAAUGUUCGGUGAAAGGUCGUGCAGAAGGAUUUCAUUGCCCUCCAGCACAACUUGGACAGUCGUUAAGUAGAAAACACGAAUGCAUUGAAAAAGUGCCACAAUGUUGUCAGGCUAGAAGAACCAGGUCUCAGGUUUUGCUUCUGUGGAGGAAUAAUACUUCCAUCAUGGUUGAAGUGAUGUUGCUUCCCGACUGUUGCUAUAGUGACGCUGACGGUCCAUCCACUGAGGGGAGUGAUAUAAACGACCCUGCUAUCAAACAGGAUGCUUUGCUGCUGGAAAGGUGGUCUUUACAGUCGGUGCCCAAACAAACUGGAGAUCGUUUUAUUGAAGAGAGAAGUCUUCUACAAGCUGUCCGUUCAUAUGUCUUUUUUUCUCAGCUGAGUGCUUGGCUGAGUGCAUCACAAGGUGCUGUUCCACGCAAUAUUCUUUACCGAAUAAGUGCAACAGAUGAAGAUAUGUUGCUAAAUUUUACCCAGCCUCCAGUUGAACAUGUCUUUCCAGUUCCUAAUAUUUCUCAUAACCUGGCUUUGCGAGUGAGUGUCCUAUCCUUGCCCAGGCAGCCUACUUACCCAUUGUUGACAUGCAGUAUUCAUAGUACUCUCAGUUUCUAUGGGAAAAGUAUUCCCAGUCAAGAAAAGGAUGCUUCUCAACCUACCAGUGCAAAAGAGCAAGACUACUGUAUGCCAGGGGCACAACAGAAGUAUAAUAAGCAAACAUUGACGGCUGUCAGAAACCAUGGAUUGCUAUCAACAAGUGCAGUAAACGCAAGAAAAUCUCCUUCUCCUGAGAUCUUGGAACCAGGCAAAUCAUCAACAAGUGAUUCUGAUAAAAUACCUGAAAUCAGAAAUUCGCAGACAAAGGCUCAGAGUUGCAAUUGGGCAAAUGCUACUGAAAUAACUAAACUACAGUCAUAUGAGAGCCAAACAAUGAAGACAUUAAAGUCAUUUUCAGCUACAGAUUCCAAUGGAACCAGCAGUACAUCUUCUCCUAUUCUUUCAGUUGAGAUUAACCCUUUGAUAGGAAACUUGCUUCAAGAAAGGGAAGAAGUGAUCGCACGAAUUGCCCAACAACUGAAUUAUUGUGAACAAAAUCCACAUGUUGCUGGAAGUCAUUUUGGUGCAGUGCAAGAGCCAAGUUCAACUAGUGCAAAACUACUUCAGAGUUCAUAUGAAGAAAGCCUGAAAAGCCGAGGGAAAGAGACUCCUUGCAGUUCAGCUACCUGCACUGAAAGCAGUUUCUUGGAAAACAGACAUGUGGAGAAGAGCAGGACCUCUUCUGAAGAUACCCCAGUCACAUUAUGUAGAAAGGUAAAAGUUGAUAUUGAUAAAACAGUUUGUCCAAGGUCACAGACACGACGAAAACUAUUUCCAGUGGACUCUGUUACAGAUAAGAAUGGCACAUCUGAAACAAAAUAUCCUGCUGAAAGAACUGUAAGUAAACAUAAUAAUUCAGACCUGUCACAAGCCCUUGACACAGGUAAAGUGAACUGCAAGUGCCCAGUCUCUGACAACACUGUAAUUGACAAAACUAGAGUAGAGUCAUUAUGUCCCGUUUCCUUCUAUGAGGACAUUGUGAACUGUACAGAAAAUUCUAAAUUACAUCUACAUACCCCUGAUACACACCAUGAUGUUUCAGAACUUGACAAUGCAAGUUCAUUUAAUAGAGAAAAAUCAGACUGUUCCUAUCCUGUUAACUUGGACUCAAGCAUUUGUACUCAGAAUGUCAUAAACAUUGCAAAAAAUAAACCAGCUAGCACAGAAAGCUCAUAUCCCUGGUGUUCAUUGUCUACAAACCGCAGAGAGUUUGGGUAUUCCUGCUCCAAAAUCGAAUGCAAUAAAUUGAAUACUUCCAGCGAUAGUCAUUUUGACACAACACAACCUGCAGCCAAAGAAACUGUUAGUUCAAUAAAGAAAGGAGACCAGGAUAAAACUGAUGUGCAGAUUCAGAGUUGUGAUUCAUUACAAUGCACCCAUAAUUCGGCUAUGCCAAGAAGACUUAAUGGAGACUGUAAAGAAAAGCCUGGAGGAUCUCAGGUGCAUAGUAAGAACUUUUCAAAAUCUCCUUUGAAACCUUCUGGCAACUUUUGGAAGAAGCAAAAUCGACGCUCAUUAGAUGGGGUUUCAACUAAAGUUUUUCACCCGUGUACUGGAUUACCCUUGCUUUCAAGUCCUGUUCCACCAAGAAAAAAACAUUCGGGAUACUUUGACCUGGACACUUCAUUGCAAAGACUAAAAGGGGUACCUUGCAAAAGCCGGAGACAGUAUUUAAGGCCAGAGAAUGAUGCUGACCAAGGGAAGCAGCUCCUGAGUGUCAGUGCUCCACCAGCAACUAGUCUUAGCCUGCUUGGAAAUUUUGAGGAGUCCAUCCUGAAUUUCCGCUUGGAACCUUUAGGAUCUGUUGCUGGUUUUACCGCUGAGGUGGGAGCGAGUGGAACAUUCUGUCCCAGUCACAUGACUCUUCCAGUUGAAGUGUCAUUCUACAGUGUCUCUGAUGAUAAUGCACCAUCACCCUACAUGGGUGUAAUUAAUUUGGAAACCUUGGGAAAACGAGGCUAUCGAGUACCUUCAUCAGGAACAAUACAAGUGACCUUAUUUAACCCGAACAAGACAGUGGUAAAGAUGUUUGUGGUGAUUUAUGAUUUGAGAGAUAUGCCAGCCAAUCACCAGACAUUCCUACGACAGAGGACAUUUUCAGUUCCAGUGAAACGGGAAACUCUUGGACAUGCCAAUAAAGAAAAUGUAAUUCAGACUGAGGAAAGGAUACUUCGCUACCUCGUCCACUUGAGGUUCCAGAGUUCUAAAUCUGGAAAGAUCUACCUCCAUAGAGAUGUCAGACUCCUUUUUUCUCGAAAGUCAAUGGAAGUUGACAGUGGUGCUGCAUAUGAAUUAAAAUCUUAUACAGAGAUUCCAACAAAUCCUCAUUUUUCAGCACGAUGUUAGAAGCAUUUGUAUUCUUUAGGACAUUUUUCCUGUUUUGUUUUCUGGAGAAUGGCACAUGUUCAGCUAAUUAAUGGAAAUAAAAUAAUGCACAAUACAUGAUUGUGAGAAUUUAUUGGUACUAGUCUUUUAGAGCCCCAGCACCUAUUAGACAGUGGACCAGUCUUGUGUAAGUGUUAUGAAUAAACUCCCUUGUACUUAAAUGGAGCAGUAGACUGGAAUGAAAACCAUGAUAUCCUGAUAUUAUCUGUACUGUUACAAUGGAAGUCACAAACCACUUUAUUGGAUGUGUUGCAAUAGUAAAAACCAGAAAUAGUUUAGCGUUUAAACGUUUUAUUUUAUUUGUCUUUUUAUUUAAUAUUUAAAUUAAUGUUUCACUUAUUGCACAGGUAAUUUUUGUCCUGUUUAGUGUUAUUAUGUAGCAUAACGUUAUGUAAAAUCAUACUCUGUAUUUCUUUUGACAUGAAUAAUACACAAAUGUACAAAACAAA